AACACUGAUGUUUUGCAUGUUGUUCUAUUGGUAGUUAGGUUUAACAUAAAGACACAGGGCAUACAAAAUGCUAGGAUGGGUGUCGACGAUCUAUUUCACAAGUGAGUUGAUCUUCAUGAACACAGCAUACAGCUACAAUGGUUCGAACAUUGACGCUUACGCCAGUUUGCGGAAAGACAUCCUUUCGAGAGUCGCCGUCGUUAACCGAGUCCCUCCGGAAAUUGUCGAUUCGGCGAGAAAUUUCAACAUGACCUACAAUCUGUUACUGUUUGAUGUUAUGGACAUAGACCAAGUCAGACAGUUGAUGACUAUCUGCAUGUCUAUGAAGGUAGAGUGGCCUCAACAGUAUCUUGCCUGGGAUCCUUCCAUCUAUAACAACAUUACAAAAGUAAACAUUGAGACCCAGUUUCUAUGGACGCCAUAUAUCGUUAUUGUUGUGGGUUUCGGGGAACGGUUACAUCUAGACUUUCCUGAAUGGGCGUACGUCACUUCCACAGGAGAUGUUAAGUUUCAUUUUGAAACUUACGUCACCUUCCGGUGCGGCAUUGACUUCCGGAAAUAUCCCUUCGACAUUCAAAUAUGCAGACUCGGAUUCAUGGCUUUCGUGGACUUUUGGGACACUGUCAAUAUAACUUACUUUAUCAAGAAAUACAACUUGGACCUUGCUCCUUACAUCACCAACGGGGAAUGGAGACUGAUCUCCUACGAUGGGAAAUCGCGGGGCGACGCAAACAACCAGUCGUUUCCUAUUUACAGCAUCAAGGUGCAGCGUCGCCCUGAAUAUUACAUUUUGAUGAUCAUCGCCCCGUUGAUUCUGACGUCGGCGAUGAUGUCACUUGUGUUCCUCAUACCUCCAGGAGGUGGCGAAAAAAUUUCCUUUUUCGUCACGCUCUUUACCUCUCUGACGAUAUUCUCAAGCUUUGUCGGUAACGUCAUGCCACGCAACUUGUCUAGUACGCCCUAUUUAAUUCUCCUACUAAUUGGUGUUUUUGUGCAAGGUCUCCUGGCCAAUCUGGCAACUUUAUUUGUCGUCAACAUGUACCACAAAGAGAAAAAACAGACAAACGGAUGCGAGUGUAGAUCUUCCAGAAAAAGAGGUAAAGUGACACCACUGGUUACAGUCUCGGAACAGCAACGUCUCAGUCAAGAUCUACAAUCAGAACUCGAAAACACGACAAUGAAAUCAAAGUUGGCGCCAAAUAACUUCUGUCUUACCUCCAACCAAUGGGACAAGCUCUUUUUCUUCCUCUUCACUUUCAUGGAAGUGGUUUUGCUCGGGGCGCUCUUCGGCGCCACGGACUGGCUGUCAGAUGCACCAACAAUUGGAUUAUAAAACCUUAAUAGCCUUUUUUUUUCUUUCUAAUCAAAUAAAAAUAUUUGGUUUCUGAUUUUUUAAAAAUGAUUU